AUGCCGCCUCAGUUCUUAUUCGUCAAUAAGGAUGCUGCCAGCGCCUCGCUGACCCGCAGCAGUGCCGCUGAACAGACCUCCAUCAACUCUCACGUUCAGCGUGGUCGUCGACAUAGGCGCUCUGCCACCAGCGCCAGCCGCGCUGGGACCAGGGCAAGGAAAAACGCUGGUCGAGAAAAUGUCGCUCCUUCGGCGGACCCUGUCUUCCCUGACUCGUCGCCGUCUCUUCCAUCGGUAAAGAGCGAGGCCGCUCAAGAUGACAGCAGCAAUCAGAUGUGGCUACCUGCCCGGCUGUCUCCGCCCACCAAGUUCGCCGAUCAAACGACACGGGAAAAUCCUGUACCAAAGGUGCGGGCUCGGAAAAUGGCUUCCAAGUUGCAGACCCAGGACCCUCCAGCAAAGACGACUGUCGAGGAGAAAGCAGUCGUGUUACUAAAUUCUCCGCAAGCUCUAACAUCUCCUCGGGACAUCACUCAGAUAACUUCAACCUCUCUCGACCCCUUCGGCCAAUCAGUCGUUAAACUCGACCCACACGUGGCAAGGCUUUGUCGGUACUUCUGCGAAAGCUUCCAUCCGAGCGUCUGGCAUGCUGAGAGUUGGGCAUCCCGGGAAGGUUCGUAUACAUAUCAGACUACCGCUGUGGAAGUAGUUCGACGAGCCAUGCAAAGUGAGGUUGAAAUGAAUGCAAUGCUAGCCUGCAUGGCUGCCAGAAUUGAGAACGUGGACUUAGUCCCCGGCCAGGGAACGGACAAAUACAUGCACAACGCUCUGAUGGCCGUACGGCGCCGCUUCAGCUCAGCGCCAAAGCAACAAUUGCUCUUGAUCGUCUUCCACUUAUAUGCAGCGGAUGCCUACCGACAAAACUACCAGGCUGCUAAGAUACAUAUGCAAGCAGCCAAAGCGCUAUUUGAUUCGUGGGGGGGCCUACACUAUGUGCCGGACCCAGCUCUGAAGGAAUUGUUCAUUAUUGGGGACGGGCACAUGUCUGCCGUUCUUCUGGAGCCCUGCAGUUUGCCAUGCGAAUACGAUCCUGGACCGUACUGGGACGUCACGCCGCCUGAGCUUCGGCUUGCUCCGCGACAAAACUUGAGCCGCUCCGCGCCAGCUCUGCAGCGACUGUGUGUGCAUGGAUAUUUCCCGGGGGAACUGGUGCAGGCCAUCCAAGAGACGGCGGAAUGCUCGUGGGUCUUGCACCAUGCACCACUUGGCGCACCAGAGGCGUCAAAACACGCCGCGAGAUGGCUACAGUGGCGUCACGCGGCUGUUCGAUACCGGCUCCUGGCUAUGGAAUAUCCAGGAUCUAGCCUUGACGUUGUCCGAGUCGGGCUGCUGAUGUGGAUAUUGACCUCUAUGGUGAUACUCGGGUUGAAGCGAUUAGGAGGUCUCAUUGCGCCAAAACUGCGCACGAUUUUCCGGUCAGUUGACGAACCAUAUGGCCAGUGGGAAGGGUUAGUGCAGCUCAAGACAUGGGUGCUUACUAUCGGCGCUAUGUGCUCCAUGGUAGGCAGUGACGAAGAAAGGUGGUUCGUCGAGCAGCUUUUCGAGAUCGGGUUUGUUGAGCAUAUUCGACGCUUUCAGGAGACGCAUCCAGAUUUCGACACUCUAGAUGUGCUGAGGAACUUUCAAGAGAAGUUCUUCUACUAUGAUGCCAUCCAACGACUCAGGCUGGAAAGAUUGGCUCGUCUUCUCGGUGGUGGACUGAGUGAGACACCCAGUUCAGCUUCACAGAGCAGUCCCAGCGAUCUAUCGCGGAAAUCAAGAUCUCCCGCUUGA